AUGAACGAACGGAUAAAUUUUGACCUCAACGAGGCGUUGAAAUACUACCUGAGCGACCCCGCCUCGGUUCCUACGCCAGAAGCAGAUUCCCAGCUGUUGGACUGCGAAUUGGACCCGGAUUCCUUGAGCCUACCGCUGAUUGAAGAGAUUCUGAAUCCUAUCGUGGAUGCCGUAGCGGAGGAUCCGUCAAGUCUCUCGAGAAGCUCGUUCUUUGACUCGCUACAGGUUCUCUUAAAGCUUACACCUGUUCUUCCAACAAAAUCUCUCAGUAAAAUUCUUGAUCUUGUUGUCUCCGGACUUGCGUCGCUCGCUGACAUUACGCAUAAUGACCUCGAAUCCGACGAGCCAGAGGCUCUGUCUGAGCACAAGGACCUCUUGGAGUUGUAUGCCUUCUUGCUACAAUGGUCUUUAUCUUCAGUCGAAGCAAAAGUCGCAGAAAAGCCUCCUACAACAGGACCAGGAAGACGUGGGACUGGAAAGGCAGGAAGGAGUAAGAGUACAAAGGAUGAGUCGUGGGACUCGUCCGCACAGAUCCAGAUCGGGAUGGAGGUUAUGUGCAAGGUGUUGAAAUUGAAGUUGUCAAAGAUCUUCGUGACAACUUCAGACCGAGAUACUUUUGUCAAUCUCUUUACCCGUUCUAUAUACUUGAUCCUGGAAAGCGAGCAGAGAGUCAAGAGUAUGACGAUCCGCAUGCACGCAUUCAAAACAUCUAUCGUACAAAGCCUUACCUACUUUGAGCACCUUUCGGAACCUAUGGCCGAAUUCUUGCAUAUUCUUGCGGAGCAAUACGACUACCCCCAGCUAGCAGACGAAAUAUUAAGAGAGGUCGGAAAUAAGGAAUUCAAUCCAAACGAUACCAAAGGUCCCAGAUCGGUAUCUGCCUUUAUAGUUAAAUUAUCCGAACUUGCGCCUCGGCUUGUGAUUAAACAAAUGACUUUAUUAGCGAAGCAGCUGGACAGUGAAGCCUAUACCCUCCGCUGCGCUGUUAUUGAAGUAUGUGGGAAUUUGAUAUCUGACCUAAGUAAGCAAGAAGAGAGGAGUGAGAAUUUCCAAACCCAGAUAAACUCUUUCUUUGAUGUGCUGGAGGAGCGGUUUCUCGAUAUGAAUCCUUACUGCCGUUCCCGUGUCAUUCAAGUCUAUAUGAAGAUUUGUGACCUUGACCAGAAGUUCCCAAAACGGCGACAAACGGCAACGAAGCUUGCAGCUCGGAGUUUGGAAGACAAAAGUAGUAAUGUUCGACGAAAUGCUAUCAAACUCCUUGGAAAGUUGGUCUCAACGCACCCUUUUAGUGUCAUGCACGGAGGCCAGCUAUCGUAUAAGGACUGGGAUGCACGCUUACAGGCAGUGGAAGAAGAACUCAAUGCUCUCAAACCACCACCUGAAACACCCGGGCUGGCAGAGAUGGGAAUAGAAAACACCCAGGUCGACAGUGAACUGCUGGACGAUGCCACCCAAAUACCAGAUGACUCUCCCUCCAAGGCCCCAAAGAUGACCGAGGAAGAGAAGGCGGCAGCAGUUCAGAAAGCUGCGGAGGAAGCAGCAACAUCAGAGAUGCUUGCUAGGCUGCAGUUAACCAGGAAAUAUUAUCUUGAAGCUAUCCAGUUCAUCGAAGUUUUGCAUAGUGCGUCCGAGACAGUCCUGCAACUACUUUCGUCUCGGAAUAAGAGCGAGAUAAUCGAAGCUAUGGACUUCUUUGUCAUAUUGGAUGCAUACAAAGUAGAAACCUCACGAGCUGGGAUACGCAGAAUGCUACGCCUGAUAUGGAUGAAAGGAAACAGUGAUGAAGGGAAAGGUGUCCAGAACCAUUUGAUUGACUGCUAUAAGGGGCUUUUUUUUGAUGCCCCCGACGCGUUCAGCCCAAAUGACACUGCCAACUACAUCGCCCGUAAUAUGAUAAGCCUUACAUUUGGCGCCACACCAGCAGAACUUACCUCCCUAGAGCAGCUUCUCAGCACCAUGGUGAAGGCUGGUCAUAUCUCAGAGCUCGUUAUCGGGAAGCUAUGGCAGGUUUACGGUGUUCAGAAAAAGGAGAUAUCGCGGACACAGAGGAGGGGAGCCAUUAUUGUGCUAGGGAUGCUCGCCCUUGCAGACCCCGAAAUUGCGAAGGCCAGCGUUAUCGGGCUAUCUCAGCUCCUGAUUAUUGUCGGCCACAUCGCAAUCAAGCAAAUCGUUCACCUUGAACUUUGCGAACUUGACUUCAAACGGAGAAAAGCAGAGCAAGAAAAAGAGAAGGCUGCCAACCCUGCUCAGGAGAAGAAAGACGACGCCGCCGGGGACGACGAGCUUGACCUGAUCGGCGGAACCACCGAAGACGACUUCACGGAAGCCAUGGCUCAUAUCCGAGAGAGGGAGCUGCUGUAUGGCGAGAACUCACUGCUGACGCAUUUUGGGCCGCUGGUGACGGAAAUAUGCUCCAACAACACGGCCUACCCCGACCAGAAUCUCCAGGCCACCGCGACCCUCUGCAUGGCCAAGCUGAUGUGCGUCUCAGCCGAGUAUUGCGAGAGCAACCUGCCACUCCUUAUCACGAUAAUGGAGCGCUCUGACGAUCCGAUCAUCCGGAGCAAUGCCGUGAUAGCACUCGGGGACAUGGCGGUCUGUUUCAACCACCUCAUCGACGAAAACACGGACUUCCUUUACCGACGGCUCAACGACGACGACGUCUCGGUCAAGCGAACCUGUCUGAUGACGCUCACCUUCCUCAUCCUGGCGGGACAGAUCAAGGUGAAGGGUCAGCUAGGAGAAAUGGCGAAGUGUCUGGAAGACGAGGACAAGAAAAUUGCAGACUUGGCACGCAUGUUCUUCACGGAGCUUUCGACCAAGGACAAUGCCGUGUACAACCAUUUCGUGGACAUGUUCAGCCUGCUCAGCACCGAGAAGUCGCUGGAGGAAGAGUCGCUCAGGAGGAUAGUGAAGUUCCUCGCCGGGUUUGUUGAAAAGUAUAGAAGGUCUGACAAGUAUGGGUGCCAGGACAAACACGCAAAGCAACUGGCCGACAAGCUGGCUGCGAGGCUGACGAGGUGCGAGACGGAGAAGCAGUGGAACGACGUAGCGUACGCCCUGAGCCUGCUGCCACACAAGAACGAGGAGAUUACGAAGACGGUGGCAGCGGGGUUCAAGGUUGUCAAGGCGAACGGAUGA